AUGAGCGGACAGUCUGUUGAGAUUUGGCCGGAUCAACUGCACCAGCAGCAAACGUCGCCGCGUUCUAAAAUACUUGGCAAACAAAAGAGGAUAGUCGGUAUAAUAAGUCAAUAUAUUUUAGUGGGUAGUAGUACAUCUCCUGAUACCGCACCGUCGUCCAACGGUGAGGGACUGUCGGCACAACAUCAUCCGCCGCGACAUCGCAGCCCUGUGAAAUGUUCUGGCGCGUACGCGUCCCCGGAGUCCCCGCUGUCCAAGAUGGAGGUGGCGUGGAGCUGCGCCCCGCGCGCGGCCCCGCCCGCCGGCGCGCACGCCUUCCACAUACCGCCGCCGGAGAGAUUAUUACCGAUCGGUCCCAAACCGAACAAAGAACAAUAUCCAGUUUUCAAUGCAUUAGUAGACAGAGUCUCGUGGCGCGUCGCCCCGUCGUCUGGCGCGGCAGGCGGCCCAGCUGGGCUCCCCGCCGCAUCAGCAGCCGCCCCAGCGGCCGCAGAGCACCGGUACACGUACUAUAACAGUGAUAUGCAACUGUUCCAUAUACCUGCGACGAAGGAUCGGUUGCGAUCCACGGCAAAUGUUACUCAAUCAGAUUGAUUCGAGUGGCACGCGUGGCUCAUUUACGAAUAGGACUGUUAAUCUGUCACCUUGGUUGGCGUUACGCUUUAACUUCGAAAUGUAAGGUGUGCAAAAAAACAGACGUAUCACCGCAGUAUGAUAUAAUGGACAACGGAACACUGACAUUUGGAACCGACCCCGAAGUCAUAAGUCAACGUUAUCAGUGUUGCGACAAAAAUUUGUCUACUUCAUGUUCGGUAAUAAAAAAAAAAGAGUAUGAAAGACCAAUUUAGAGAAAUAUAUAUAACUAAAUUCUUGAUAUUUUAAAAGUGAUAUGGUACCAAAAAAUAUAUAGCGAACUUAUUUUCUUUGCUGUCAGUACUAUAAUGACGGCUAACAAUUAAGUUGACCUCGUUAACCAUACAUGACGUUAGUUCAUAUCUGUGUCUAAAAAAGUCUGUUUAAUAACAUCUCUAUUUACUUGCUGUAGAGAGCGGCGGGGAGGGCGCGGAGAGUGGCGAGGGCGGUGGGGAGGGGGAGGGAGAGGGAGAUGGCGAGGGCGGGUGGUGGGAGGAGGGGGGCGUGAACGCGCACGCCAUGCCCGGGCCACGCGCUGACGCCGCGCUCUGCUACAGAUGCGCCGAGUGCGGCGGCGCGGUGGAGCAGUACAGCGACGAGGAGCUGGGCCUGUGCGUGAUCGCGCUCGCCACGUUCGUGCACCGCGAGCCGGCCGCCGCCGCGCCGCUGCUGCCCGCGCUGCUGCACGCCGUCAGCAGGUACGCGUGCACGUGCACGUGCGACGGGUUCCAUGCUCAGGCGAUUUAAUAAAAGGCUGACUGAGCUUGAAAUUUGAUUUAUUUGAAUCGUAUCAUUACCUAAAUUAAUAUAAUUGAAAUAGGUAAAUAGAACAAAUACAUACCCCGUUUCUGGGUAUCAAGAUAAAACUUGAUAGAUAUUUCUCGAAGAUAUACUUUAAGAUUUGCAUUUUCUUAUGUAAGUUAUAAUAACUUAAUUAUUAUUAAAUUUCUAUGAUUAUGUUAUCAUGGUCUCACCAGAUGAUUUUUUUACGAACUGACAUUCAUAAAGAGAAUAUUGGAUUAUUCAAAAUUUCAAAUUACGAAAGGUGAAUAAUAAAAAGAAAUGAUGUUGAAUAUCAAAGAUAAAACGUUUGCAUGCGGAUACCUGGGACGAAAUAAACGAUGGUACAACUGACUAUACUACUACUAAUUUUCUUAAUAGAAUUUCAUAUUACGUACAUCUAAUUUCAAGAAACAGCGUGCAAUGUUCUUCAAGAGCAUAGCACAGGCGUUCGUCGACUUCAACGAGCUGUACCCUUGCGGCCCUCUCCAGCUGGUCGUGGAACAUCUCAACUCCAAGAAGACGUUGCCUAUUGAUGUAAGUAUAAUAAUAACUAUAAAUUGGCUAUUUAAUGUUAUUUAUGCCGAUAGAGAAUCACAUUCAGCACGCUAG